UACAUACACGGUAAGUACCUAUUACGUUGAAUAUACUACUACUGGCGUUACUCGUUCGUUAUAGUUGUUUAGCGUUUAAAAAAAUAACAUCAAUCGUCAGGAAAAAAUGUUGAAAAUCGGAUUUUUCGGUGCCGGCAAAAUGGCUCAAGCUCUGGCCAAAGGCUUUGUAGCGGCCGGUCUCACCAAAGGAGAACUGAUUACCGCAAGUUGUGCUCUUGGAGACACCCAGUGCAUCGAGGCCUUCGAGGCGCUCGGAUCGACUGUGACCUUUGACAACCGAGCGGUAGCCGAAAACGCUCAAGUGGUUUGUUUAGCCGUCAAACCGUCCGUCGUCAAGCCAGUGUUGGAUCAAGCGCGUCCGGCUUUUGGAUCCCAACAUCUUUUGCUGUCCGUCGCCAUGGGCGUCACUGUCGAUCAAUUGGAAAAGAAUUUACCAGAUGGCUCCAGGGUAAUGAGAGUUAUGCCUAACACUCCAGCUUUAGUACAAUGCGGCGCAUCGGUGUACGUCCCCGGUAGUAAAGCCACUGAAGAAGAUGAGAAACUCACUCGGAAGUUACUGUCAUCCGUCGGUACAGCAGAACGAGUGCCUGAAUACCUAAUGGAUCCCAUAACAGCCCUUAGCGGUUCCGGGCCGGCUUAUGUAUAUGUAAUCAUUGAAGCACUGGCCGACGGAGCCGUCCGGAUGGGCUUACCAAGGGAUAUGGCAUAUAGGUUGGCUUCACAAACUGUCUUGGGAGCGGGCACUGUCGUCCGGGACACAGGUGAACACCCAGGAAAACUCAAGGAUGACGUAACCUCACCUGCAGGGUCUACGGCUGCCGGUCUUUAUGCUCUUGAACGUGGAAGAAUCAGACAUACGAUAAUCAGUGCCCUCGAACAGGCCACAGAGAAAUGCAGGGAAACGUCAAAAAACGUCUCAUAGUAUCGACCGAAACAAUGUAUAAUAUGAUUUCUUAUCAACACGUACGACGAACAUGUUAUAUAUUAUUUCACUAUUUCAGACUUUGCCUUUAAGUACCUUUAAUUAAACAUUACUGUGAACUAGAAA